UUUCAGAAUCUUGAUAAAGGAUUUUUUAAACCUUACACAAAAAUGCCCCCCUUACAAGCUUUUGGGCAUCAUUGGAAUAUUUCAAAUGAUGAUUUUGUCUUUCCUGGAUUAACUGAUUUAAUUGUUAGAAGUUUUUGGGUUAUUUGUUCUCUAAUUAUUUUUAUUGUUCACAAUCCUUUUGGUUGUUCAACCUAUGUUUGGUUACCUAUUGUUUCUUUAAUGAUUUUUGUAAAUUUUCUUUCUGGUGGCCUCUCUUUUGCUCUAGCAAUGCUUAGCGCUCAGGGAUCAAUAAUGGAAAUGGAAAAGAGGAGACAUGUCUCAACAUUAUUAUAUGCUAGACUUCCUGUAUUUUUUGUUGAAGUAAUUUGGACAAUUAUAACGACUUUGCUUUCUUUUAAUAUUUUCUACAAUGCUGAUAAUCUCUGUAAAAUUGAAAGUGGAAUUCGUAUUGCUGUUGUUAUUGAGUGGAUUCUAGUCAUUUCUAUAUUUAUUGGUGCAAUAUGUGUUUUUAAUCCACACGAGGGGCGAAGAAUGGACAGAUCUUUGGUUGAUGAACGGUUAUAUUGGAAACGAAAUUUUUUUCUGUGCAAAAUGCGUGCUGAUAACCAAGUUCGUCAGGCAUUAGACGAUAUUGCAACGCUCAUCUCUCAAUUUUUUGAAGACAAUAAUUAUGUUAUUUCUGACAUUAUUGCUGGCCUUCUUCUUCUUGUACACUCACCACACAAACGUAUUCCACCUCCAAUUGAGUCAAUUAUUAAAAAUGAACAUGAAUUGCCGCAUUGGAUGAAGUUGCCAAAUUGUUUAAAAUAUGCUAGUCGUUACUUUGAAUUUGCUUUUGCGGUUUAUGGAUGGCCACAUUAUGUUGCCUGUAAUUGUGCUUGUGGUGCUUGGUAUCUUCUCUGUAAGAAACUCAAUUGUUGUUGCCGUAAACAUGAUAAUCGCCGAGAUUUUAUGUUAAUGGGUGAUAAUUGUUGUUCUUGUCAUAGCAGUGCCCUUGAAUUAAUGUUGGACGAUGAAUGUACACCUGCUUUUGUUUGUUUCCGAAACGGACUUUUUGAAGUACCUUUUGCCGUUGUUAUUGACCAUCAUACUAAUUCAAUUGAAAAUAUUUUUAAAGGUUCCGCAUCAUUUAUGGACAUAAUAACUGAUCUUUCACUCGAUGAUGAAACGCUGGACUCAAUUGAUGUGGAUAGUGACCCAAUUCUACGUUCAGACAAGGAAUUGGACGGUUACGGCGAAAUUCGUGUCCAUAAAGGAAUUUUAAAAAGUGCUCGAUAUAUUUACGAGACUUUACAAACCAAUCAUGUCAUUGAAGAUGCUCAACAACGCUGUCCAAAUUACAAUAUUGUAAUUUGUGGGCAUUCUUUGGGUGCUGGUAUUGGUUCUUUAUUGGCACUUUUUUUAAAGAUCAAGUAUCCGGAUAUUCGUUGCUAUGCCUUUGCACCGCCAGGGUCUGUAGUAAGCGAAAAUGGAAUUUAUGUUACUGAAAAAUCAACGUUAUCUUUUGUGUUGGGUGAUGAUGUUGUUCCUCGAAUGACUUUCCAAUCAAUAUCUCUUCUAAAAACGGAAGUUGAGAGAGAAUUAACAACAACAGACAAAGCAAAAUAUGAAAUUUUAAUUAAAGGAAUUUUCAAAUUGAUUGUCUCUUAUCCUUUUUCAUUACAUAGAGCUGACAAUAUAUCCACCCAAGGAUUUGCAAACCUAACAGAGAACAAUAAUGAUAUGAGGCAUUCAGAAAAUAUUGGAACUAGAGAGGAGAGAAUAAUGCUUCGACCUCCAGGCAAUCUGCUUCACCUAACCUUUGAAAACCAGAAAAUCAAAGAUCGGGUCAAUGUCAAUUGGAUUGAUCAUUCAUCGCUCGCUGAAAUACAGGUACAAACUUUAUUCUUGUUAGCAAAAUUUUUGCCAUGCCUCUGA